AUGGCAUUGCUCUGGCUAACUACGUUAAAUCUUAUCUUCCUGAAAAUAUUAGAGUCUUCGGUAUAUUACCUUCGCAAAGGUGAGAGCUUCGGUUUGUUGAGUUUUGAUCCAAGAAGAGAAUGCAAUCUCUGGAAAUAUUCGUACCUUCUACCAGCUGAAAUCAUUGGAAUAAAGAGUCACUUCACAGAUGCUGAAACUAUUUAUCAUAUAUCAGACUUCAACAGUGGUGAACACCCUUUCCAUAAUUAUACUCAAAGAGCCAAGUACAGCAGACGAGUUCCUCCUAGGCAAACUGCCAGAAAUGGCCGUCCACCAAGAGUUAAAUCUCAUAGAGAAACAUCAACUUCUGAGUCGGAUGAAAGUGAUGUAGAGGAAGAUUCCAUGAUUGAUGAAACAACUACAGUAAAUAGUGUGGAAAUGUCAAGUGGUAUCGAUGAACUUCUGGCUGUCUCUAGUGACAAUCAGGGCACUGGCUUGAAGGAUCAAAAGCCCAAGGUAGUUAAAGCAAGAUGGUUAUAUGAGCCUGACGAGUUGGAUAGAAUAACCGCUUCCCACUUCAGAAAAAAAUUUCGAUGUUUUUGUGGAAAGCUGGAGAAUUCAAUGGGAUUUGAUUACUGA